UUGCAACAGUUACCUAUUUUUGAUAACAUGUAGUUUCAAGUAAAUUCGGAGAUAUUUCCUCGCGUCAGAAAUAACAUCUUAGAAACAUGCCUUUUAUGAAAGGUCGUGCUCCUAUUCGUAGGACUUUACAAUAUCUUAAAAAUGGGUCACUUGUUUUUAAGAAAAAUGUUCAAGUAAUGAUAAUCAACUAUAACACUGGACAUCUAGCAAGUAAAGGAGCUUACAACUUUCAAUUUUGGCACAUUCCACAAAUACAGUAUAAAAAUCCUAACCUACAAGUACUCACUAUGAAGAAUAUGACACCAACACCUUUUAUACAGUUCAUUUUAGAUUCUGGUGAAAGAGUUAUUGUGGAUGUUUACAACAAAGAACAAGAAGAAAUUCACGAGCACAUUAAGAAAGUCUUUUGUAAAACCCCAAAUCCCCUGUCUACAGCUGCCACAACCAAAGAAGCUAACGUACAUCCUGCAAAUUUUGGUCAUGGUUGUUCUCGUUGGUGUAUAUGUGAAGUUCCUGGUCAAGUUCCUUGUUCUGGUUUUGUUACAACUCGUCCUGAAGUAAUGGGUAAAAAUACAUGGCAAGUUCUUAAACAGAAAGAAAAAGAGGAAAUGUAGAAAAUUUGUUGUAUGUUUUGAAUAUUUAUAUUUGCAAAUAUUUACCAGUUUUAUAGAUUUUUCUGAAAGAUGAACUUCCAAAUCCUGAGGGAUUUUAAUUUUAAAAUCCUAAAUAAAGUUUUGACACCAA